GCGCAAACAGGAUAAAUAAUACUAUUAUUUUUGUGUAUGAUUUAAGUUUGAAUUCUGUGUUUGUGUGAUAUGUUGUGGUGUUAUGACAAUCGGACAUUGUUAGUUUUAAUGUUAAUUCCAUGAGGAUAUUUAGUCGGUGUUUAGAAUGUGGAUAAAAUCGACAGGACCCGAUUGGAUUAUGAUCGCGUUCUUGGCGACAUUGGCGCUUCUCAGUUUUGUUCCGGACGCAACAGGUUUCAUAUCGUGUACGCCAUCGCCAUGCAAAAACGACGGAAUUUGCGUUUCAAAUUCGCGCGGUGAAUCCAGAUGCAACUGCACGGGUCGUUACGUCGGCGAAUUCUGCCAAUACCCCGAUCCAUGCCGAACCGGUCCUGGUCCUCGAUGUCAGAACGGGGGCACCUGCCACGUCCGACCGGGCGCUCCUUCGUUCACCUGCGCCUGCCCUCCUGGAUACACUGCAUCGCUGUGCGAAAUAAAAGUGGCCAACGCCUGCGACUCGAGACCAUGCCAGAACGGGGCCGAGUGCAGGCUGAAGACGCUGGAUAGCUACACUUGUGCGUGCAGACAAGGAUACACAGGUCUUCACUGUGAAGAAUUGGAUCACUGCGCCUCGCACCCCUGUCGCAACGGGGGCACCUGUUCCGGAGCCCCCGGAGCCCUGGUUGGGACGUCGGCCGUGGGGGCUCCUUACAGGUGUAGAUGCACCCCCGGAUUUACAGGACCAGAUUGCGAUCAGGAUAUCGUCGAGUGCGCCAGGAAACCCUGCAAACAUGGAAAGUGCCUGAAUACUAGAGGGAGUUACAAGUGCAUCUGCGAUCCAGGUUACACAGGCCAGGACUGCGAGAGCGAGUACAUUCCUUGCUCGCCUUCGCCUUGUCAGAAUGGGGGCACCUGCAGACAAGUGGAUUCCCUAACUUACCAGUGUCACUGUCCAAAAGGAUUCGAAGGCACAAACUGCGAAGAGAACAUUGACGAAUGUCCAGGGAAUCUUUGUCAGAAUGGGGGCACCUGUGUCGACGGUGUUGAUUCUUACAAGUGCGUUUGUCCGCCUGCAUUUACUGGACCAUUUUGCGAAGCUGAUGUCGACGAAUGUCUAUUGAGGCCUUCGGUUUGUCAAAAUGGUGCAACCUGCAACAACAUAGCAGGAGGAUACGGUUGCAUCUGUGUCAACGGCUGGACCGGUCCUGAUUGUUCUGUAAACAUCGACGAUUGCGAAGGAGCCGCUUGUUUUAAUGGAGCCACUUGCAUCGAUAGAGUUGGCAGUUUCUAUUGCCAAUGCACACCCGGAAAGACAGGAUUGCUGUGUCACUUGGAUGAUGCCUGUACGAGUAAUCCUUGUCAUGCUGAUGCAUUCUGCGACACCAGUCCCAUCAAUGGUUCAUUCACAUGCUCCUGUGCAUCUGGUUAUAAAGGACUUGACUGUUCUGAAGAUAUCAAUGAAUGUGAACAAGGAUCUCCUUGUGAGCACGAUGGUAUAUGUGUCAACACACCAGGCUCAUUCGCUUGCAACUGUUCGAGAGGAUUUACAGGGCCCCGAUGUGAAAUCAAUGUCAAUGAAUGUGAAUCGCAUCCUUGCAGAAAUGAAGGAUCUUGUUUGGAUGAUCCAGGAACAUUCAGAUGUGUCUGCAUGCCAGGCUUUACCGGUACCCAAUGUGAAAUCGACAUAGACGAAUGCGCCUCCAAACCAUGUUUGAACGGCGGCGCCUGCAGGGACCUCAUAAACAGUUUCCAUUGCGACUGCGCCGAAGGAUUUACAGGGAGCAGAUGCCAGAUUAAUAUCGACGAUUGCGCCUCUUCACCUUGCAGGAAUGGUGGUGUCUGUCGAGACAGUGUAGCAGGUUACACUUGUUCCUGUCCUCCAGGUUUCACUGGAACCUCCUGCGAGCACAAUGUAGAUGACUGCGCUUCUGCUCCAUGCAGACGUGGCACCUGUGUCGAUGGUGAUAAUAGUUUCAGGUGUCUUUGUCAUCCUGGUUACACUGGCAGGUUGUGCGAAACUGAGAUCAAUGAGUGCGAUAGUGAUCCUUGCAUGUUUGGAGGUCAAUGUCAAGAUCUAGUAGACGGUUACAGAUGCAGAUGUCUUCCUGGUACAUCAGGAAUUAAUUGUGAAGUAAAUGUAAACGAAUGUCAUAGUAAUCCUUGCAGGAAUGGUGCGAGAUGCAUUGAUGGCAUUAAUAGAUAUACAUGUGAAUGCGUCCCCGGUUACACAGGGCCCCAUUGUGAGACAAAUAUUUACGAAUGCGCUUCCAAUCCUUGCGCAAACGGCGGCGUCUGCAUAGAUCAGGUUAACGGUUUUCGUUGCGAGUGCCCUAGAGGAUAUUACGGCACCAGGUGUUUGAGUGACGUCGAUGAGUGCUCCUCAAAUCCUUGCGCAAAUGGCGGCACUUGCGAAGAUGGCGUCAAUCAGUUUUCUUGUUUGUGUCCAAGUGGUUACAGAGGCAAAAGAUGCGAGGCUGAAAUCGAUGAAUGCGCCUCCAAUCCUUGUCAACAUGGGGCACACUGCAGGGAUCUCCUGAAUGGUUAUUCUUGCACGUGUUUAGCCGGUUACACAGGACGUAAUUGUGAAACUAAUGUUGAUGAUUGUCGACACCAGCCUUGUCUGCAUGGUGGGUCUUGCAUUGAUUUAGUCGAUGAUUACAAAUGUGUAUGCAGGUUGCCACAUACUGGAAGAGAUUGCGAGAGCAAAUUAGAUCCUUGCUCACCCAACAGAUGUCGAAAUGGUGCCCGUUGCACUCCCAGCACUUCCUAUCUAGACUUCUCAUGUGCUUGCACAUUGGGCUAUACAGGUAGAUUAUGUCAGGAAGAUGUCGACGAAUGUGCUAUCUCAUCACCAUGUCGAAAUGGAGCAACUUGUCGAAACACCAAUGGAUCGUAUGCUUGUCUUUGUGCCACUGGUUACGAAGGCCGCGAUUGCACCAUAAACACAGACGACUGUGCCUCCCACCCCUGUCAAAACGGUGGCACCUGUCUAGAUGGUGUUGGUGAUUACACCUGUCUGUGCACUGAUGGUUUUGCAGGCAAACAUUGUGAAAGAGAUAUCGAUGAAUGCAUGUCACAACCUUGUCAACAUGGAGCCACUUGCAACCAAUACGUCAACUCCUACACUUGCACAUGCCCUCUUGGAUUCUCAGGAAUAAAUUGCCAGACAAACGAUGAAGAUUGCACUGAAAGCUCUUGCAUGAACGGCGGUACUUGUGUUGAUGGAGUCAACUCGUACACCUGUACCUGCAGACCGCAUUUUACAGGCUCGAAUUGUCAGUAUAGAAUUAAUGAAUGUGAUUCAUCACCUUGUGCAAAUGGAGCUACGUGUCAUGAUCAUAAUUUGUACUACACUUGCCAUUGUCCGUACGGUUAUACAGGAAAGCAUUGUGAUGCUUACGUUGAUUGGUGUCAGGAUUCGCCUUGUGAAAACGGUGCUACAUGCAGACAACAAGGUAAUCAGUACAGAUGUGAUUGUGCACCAGGAUGGACAGGUAAGCUUUGCGAUGUGGAAAUGGUGUCUUGUGCAGAUGCUGCUUUGAGAAAACGCAUACAAGUGCCACUGUUGUGUGGUAAUGGAACUUGUGAGGACUUUGGCAACUCUCAUAGAUGCCAUUGUCCUGAAGGAUUUACAGGAUCUUAUUGUCAACAAGAGAUUGAUGAAUGUGAAUCAGCACCUUGUCAAAAUGGUGCCACAUGCAGAGACUUGGUAGGAUCCUACCAGUGUUUGUGUGCCAAAGGCUUUCAAGGACAGAACUGUGAGCUGAAUAUUGACGAUUGUAGACCUAAUCCUUGUCAAAACGGCGGAACAUGCCAUGACUUAAUCGAUAGUUUUAGUUGCUCCUGUCCAUUCGGAGCCUUAGGCAUAAUUUGCGAAGUCAACACCGACGAUUGUACACCAGGAGCUUGUCACAAUGGAGGAACAUGCGUGGAUAAAGUUGGUGGAUUCGAAUGCUUAUGCAGGCCUGGGUUUGUUGGUCCAAGAUGCGAAGGAGACAUCAACGAAUGUCUAUCAGAUCCUUGUUCGGACUCAGGAACGCUCGACUGCGUACAAUUGGUAAACGACUAUCAUUGCAACUGCAAAACCGGAUACAUGGGUCGCCAUUGCGAAGUCAAAGUUGAUUUUUGUGCAACCUCGCCUUGUCAGAACGGCGGAAUAUGUUCAGCCAGACGCGAAGGACAUCAUUGCUUAUGCCCUGAUGGCUACUAUGGCAAAAACUGUGAAUUCUCUGGAUACGAUUGCGAUUCCAACCCUUGUCACAACGGUGGUGUCUGUGUGAUUGCCGACGGCGGAGGCUACAGGUGUGAAUGUGCAAGAGGCACCGCAGGUGUCAAUUGUGAACUUGACAGUCUCGAUGAAUGCGAAUCAAAACCUUGUAGACACCCUGAUGCUGUGUGUCAAGAUAAAAUUGGAGAUUUUGCUUGUUAUUGCCCAAGACACUGGACUGGAAAAACUUGUGAUGUAUACAGUCCUGAUGGUAGAAGUGACCAGAGCGGAAAGAGCGUCCGACCAGUUUUGAAAGACAAGAAAGACGAUUUGGGCGUUAGUGUGCCAAGACCUGAUUUGAAGAGAUGUGCAGCCGAAGGCUGCAAAGAAAAACAAGGAAACUUCAGAUGUGACAUGGAAUGCAACACAUACGCUUGCAAUUUCGAUGGAGGUGAUUGCUCCAGGGCAGUUGCUGAUCCUUGGCGCAGAUGUCCACUUGCAGAACAAUGCUCAAGAGUCUUCGGUGAUGGAAGAUGUGAUACACAAUGUGACACUGCUGAUUGCUUGUUUGAUGGCCGAGAUUGUCAACGGAGUUUGCAGAGAUGCCAAGCUGAGUCGUACUGCAGAGUCCAUUAUGCUGAUGGUCGUUGCGACGAAGCCUGCAACACCGCCGAGUGCAACUGGGACGGUUUAGAUUGCAGCGGUUCUAAUAAUGGUGGUUCCGGCGGAGGUUCUGGUGGAGGUUCCGGUGGUGGUGACAUGGAUUUGACUGCUGAUGGUGUGGUGUCGAUGGUCGUGCUGAUGACGGAACGAGAUUUCAGAGCUAAUCUGAUGGUGUUCUUGAGAGACGUCGGGAAUGAAUUGAGAGCCAACGUUAAGGUUAAGAAAGAUAAAAACGGAGCUGACAUGAUUUAUCCUUGGCGAGGAGCAGCACAGGAUUCGAGUGUGCAAGAUACUGCAUUUGGUAGGAAGCAUCAUGUAGCUUUUAAGGAGACACAUGGCAGGAGUGGUGUUAUUGUGUAUUUGGAAGUCGAUAAUACUAAGUGUUCCAGUGAUGAGAAUGCUGAGUGCUUCUUGUCAGCUAAGCAGGCCGCAGAAUUUCUGGCAGCCAAAGCAGCCAAGCGCACCCUCUCUUCGUCUUUCCCCAUCUACCAAGUUGGAGGUGAAGCAGUCCCCAGAGACACUCCUGGUCCCACAUCCACCGACUCACCUGCCAACUUAAAAUACGUCUUCAUAGGCGUCGUCCUCGUCUUACUUGCUGGUCUAUUAUUCGGCGUCCUCGUCACAGCCCAAAGAAAACGAGCAGCCGGCAUCACCUGGUUCCCAGAAGGCUUCUUAAGAAGCGACUCUGGUGCAGGAAGAAGACGUUCCAGAAGACGUGGACCAGAUGGACAAGAGAUGCGCAAUUUGAAUAAACCACCUAAACAACUAGUGCUGGGCAUAGAGGGUAUCAUGCGUCAACAGUGGUCGGAUGAUGAGGAGGAUUUGCAUGAUGAUUCUUCAGGACAACCGAGAGCUAAGAGGCAUUGUUCGAAUCGUCACAAUGGUGGUUAUGGAAGUGAUCAUACAGCUGUUACGGAGUACGAGGAAGCUAGCAGUGGCACUGGUACUAAUUCAAGUGCUGGUGGAGUCUGGACGCAACAGCAUUUGGAAGCUGCUGAUAUUAGAGUGCCGCCUAGCAUGAUGACACCACCAUCACAUCAAGACGGUCCAUUAGACCCCAACGCUCGUGGCCCAAUGGGCAUGACACCACUUAUGUUAGCAGCUGUCCGAGGAGGAGGUGCUGGCCUGGACAGUGGUGGUGAGGAAUCUGGACAAGGUGAAGGAGGUACACCAGCCGAUGAUGUCACAGCAGCUGUUAUUGCCGAGUUGGUAGCUCAGGGUGCUGAAUUAGACGCUGCUAUGGAUAAGACUGGAGAGACGUCCUUGCAUUUGGCAGCAAGGUAUGCAAGAGCAGAUGCAGCCAAGCGAUUGCUGGAUGCAGGAGCUGAUGCCAAUGUAGCCGAUAACACAGGCAGAACGCCUUUACAUGCAGCAGUGGCUUCUGAUGCCAUGGGUGUAUUCCAGAUUUUGUUGAGGAAUCGUGCUACUAACUUGAAUGCCAGAAUGCAUGAUGGUACUACACCAUUGAUACUUGCAGCAAGAUUGGCUAUUGAAGGUAUGGUUGAAGAUUUAAUAAAUGCAGAUGCAGAUAUAAACGCUGCUGAUAAUUGUGGAAAAACAGCUUUACAUUGGGCUUCGGCUGUUAACAAUGUCGAUGCUGUCAAUAUACUUCUGGUGCACGGUGCUAACAGGGAUGCACAAGACGAUAAGGAUGAGACUCCUCUAUUCCUGGGAGCCCGAGAAGGCGCCUACGAAGCCUGCAGGGCGCUCUUAGAUGCAUAUGCAAAUCGUGAAAUAACAGAUCACAUGGACAGAUUACCCAGGGAUGUGGCUGGUGAACGUAUGCACCAUGAUAUCGUUCGGCUCCUGGACGAACAUCAUGCUCCUGCAGGAGUGCAGGGCGGUAGAGGUGGCGCCGGUAUGACCGUUGCGGGAGCACAGGGUCAUACACUAAUUGCUCAUUUUGCUGGUUCUCCGAACCACCACCAAAUGAUCACACAUCCGACAGUAAUCGGUGCUACAGGUGUACAAGGCAGCAACAAAUCAAGGUCCAAAAAGAGGGCGAGCGGUAAAAAUAAUAUAAACAACAAUAAUAAUACGAAUCCUGGACAAAAUCCACACAGUCCUGUAGAUGGUACAGGAACAAACUUACAAGACGGUAAUAAUUCUCUCCGUCGCAAACCUAGUACUAAAAAAUCAAACCAACAAAGGAAAACACCGAACUCGAACAAUGCGAGCAACGGCAACACUGGGCUGGACUCGCUUACUAACAAUGGAUCAGGGAAUGCCACAUCGGGCAACACAAUGUCUUUAGUGGAUGGCUUGACGUUGAGUCCUCAUCAGGAUAUAGGAAGUCCUUAUGAUUUAGGACAGAUAUCUGGUAACGGAGGUGUGUACAGCAAUAUGGGACACAGGUUGGAUUUGAUUAAUGGCAAACAACCACCGAGCUAUGAAGACUGCAUUAAGGGAACACAGUCCCUCCACAGUCUGCACGCAGCCAACCUGACAAGUCUGGAGUACGCCUACGCCCUGCAGCAGCAUCAGCAGCAACAGCAACAACAACACCAGAAUUCAUAUCCGACAACAGAACUACUUCUGUCCUCAUCCGGUUUACUAAUGAGCCAAGCCGGCAAUCCCCAAGGAGGCGUGUCACUGCUGCAUCCAGGAGGCGGUUUAGUAGGUGGCGGUCCUGGUGGAGCAGGGUUCACCGUCUCCUGCAAAGUCCAGGCCGAGUUUGCCGACGAGCCCCACGCACAUUGCAGCAAUGCGACAUGCGCAGCAGCAAAAACAGCAUCUGCAGCAGCAGACGACGGCGUCGGCAACGACGCAGCAGCAGCAGCAACAACAGCAACAGCAGCAGGUGCAGCAGCAGCAACAACAGCUGGCUGCUAUGCUCCAGCAGCAACUGCUGCAGCAGAACGAUGCCAUGGGGUCGCUUGUUGGGGGAUUCGAUUUUAGUGGAGGAUUGGAUAUGCCUUUUGGUAAUUCUCAAGGAAACCAGCAGCAGUCCCAAUCCCUCCAAUACUACCAUCACCAGUACUUGACGCCGCCCAGCCAGCACUCGGAGAGCACAGGGACCCCCCAUCACACGGUGCAGACGCCAGAGAGUUUUCCGACGCCGUCUCCGGAGUCUCCGGGGCACUGGAGCUCGUCGAGCCCCCAUAGUAACUCCGACUGGUCCGAGGGCGUCAAUUCGCCCUCUUAUACGAGCGGCCAUGGGGGCACCGUGACCGGAGGCAGCAACGGCAAUGGGGGCUGUAACGGUACGGGGAAUAAAGGACCGGAGGCUAUUUAUAUAUAGUAAGCGGGUUUGCAAUGUUUGGGUAAAUGAUUGUGGAUUUCA